AUGGCAACAGCCAACAGCCGCCCGGCCCGGCCCUGCCCGGCUCGGCGACCCGGCACCGCGCCCGCCCAGGGGCCGCCGCGCCCCGGCCCCCGCCGCGGCCCGACCCCCCCGCGGCUGCAGGUCGUGCGGCACCGGCCACGGUGGGCACAGCGAAAAGGCCGGAGCAGCGACAGAGCAGCAAUGGAGCACCGCUGCGAGCGACUCGGCUCGGAGGUUGCAAAUUACCGUGUGAACGCGUUCAGUACCCUUUUCCACAUUUGUGUCAACUCUGAGCCUGAUCUCCUGUUGGGCUUUCUGGACAGUCUGGACCCAGAGAUGUUUCUCAGAUGUGCUGAUUCAGAAUCAACCUGCCUGGAAAAGCUGGAGAAAGAGAUCUUUGGAGAAACAAAUUCCAUAUCGACCUCCAUCUCUCCUCCUUUGGGGUCCCCAUCAGCUAAGCUGGAGGCCAUUGAUGAAUUGAUAAGGUUUGAUCAUGUAUAUACAAAGCCCCUAAUACUGGAGAUUCCUGUUGAAGCAAGCAACCAAACCAAUAUGCUAGUGAAAAUUGAGAAAGAAUCUCUCUUGUCAUCUGAAGACGAGGCUAUCCCUGAGGUCCCAGUGUCUGUGAAGGAGGAACCUGUAGACAGCUUCAUGCCUGAACUGGGCAUUUCUCAUUUGCUUUCUUCUCAUCGUAGCCUUGAAGCCUCAAACUACUUGUUGGAUGCCUGUAAUGACUCUGGGUAUGAAGGAUCCCUGUCGCCCUUCAGUGACAUGUUCUCUCCACUUGGCACUGACCAUGUGUGGGAGAAUAGCUUUGCUAGUGAACUCUUUUCCCAGCUGAUCAGUGUUUAACUUGGUAGUGUUAACUCCCCUUGGGUAACUGUCCUGGCAGAUAUCAGCAUAUGCCCCUUUGUGAUGUGUGUAUGGGGAAAAUCAAGUGUAUUCAGAAAAGUGUUGCUCUCUUCUACCCACGCUAUUAGAUGGAGUAAUGGUAUGAAAAAACACAGGGUGUCAUGCCCUGCCCCCCCCAUCAGUGUUGGCUUAUGAGGGAGGAAACUUUGUUUCUCAAUAACUUGC